AUUCUUCUGUAUCUCCAUGGCUUGCGGCUUCAGUUCAAGCGCUCUGUGUGUGUCGGAGGGGAGGAUGCGCGGCUGAAGAUUUAAGUCCGGAUGACUGAAGCAUCCGCAUCCUGAACAUCCCGAUAGACAAUCACAACGAUGAUGGAGGGGCGACACGAGUUUUUAUGCGGUGUUGUUGAGGGUUUCUAUGGGAGACCCUGGUCAAUGGAACAAAGGAAGGUACUAUUUCAGUGGAUGCAGCUGUGGAAUUUGAACACAUAUCUGUAUGGUCCUAAAGAUGAUCUGAAGCACAGGUUACUAUGGAGGGAGGUUUAUUCAGCAGAGGAAGAGGCUCAGUUGAAAGCUUUGGUAUGUGAGGCAGAGUCGAGGGGUCUGGCAUUUGUAUAUGCUCUUUCUCCGGGUCAGGACAUCGUCUUCUCCAGCUCUUGUGACCUCACACUGCUUAAACGCAAACUCAGACAGGUGUCAGACCUGGGCUGUCAGGCUUUUGCCCUCCUAUUCGAUGACAUUGAUCACUCCAUGUGCCAGUCAGAUACAGAGGCCUUUUCCUCAUUCGCUCAUGCCCAGGUCACCGUGGCCAAUGAGAUCUUCCAUUUCCUGGGGGAACCACCUGUCUUCCUAUUCUGUCCCACUGAGUACUGUAGUUCUUUCUGCACUCCUAGCGUGUCAAAGUCUCCCUACCUGCUGACUAUUGGGGAGGAUCUUCUCCCUGGCAUCUCUGUCAUCUGGACCGGGAAUAAGGUGAUAUCACGGGAACUGAGUCCUGAAUCACUAGCUGAGGUCCAGUCGGUGCUUCGACGGCCACCCCUCAUUUGGGAUAACCUCCAUGCUAAUGAUUAUGACUCCCGACGUGUCUUCCUGGGGCCUUUUAAGGGCCGCCCCCCCAGACUUAGGGCCCAUCUGAGGGGUCUGCUGCUAAAUCCAAACUGCGAAUUUGAAGCCAAUUUCAUCCCUCUGCAUACCCUUGGAAGCUGGUAUAAAGAAGGAAAAGAGGAGGGGAAAGGUGAUGAAGAGGCCUAUAGUGUGGAUAGAGUGUUGUCAGCUGCCCUGCAAGACUGGAUGAAGGAGCUCAGCCUUCCUCUACAGCCUGGACGUCAGGUGAGGCCAACAGACCUCAAGCCCUCAAUGCUCUCUGUUAAAUCAAAGUCCUCCGAUAGCUCAGACAAUCAACAUGGAGCCCAGCCUAAAUGUCCCAUGACCUCUUCCCAGAGCACAGGAGCUCUUGCUAGCGAUGAAAUCCCAGCAGACCCUGUUAUGAGCCAGGAUCUGAAAGAUGGGGAGAACCAGGUCUCCAGGAUCUUCAGCCAUGAAAAGACGCCUAGAAGAGGACUGUGUUCUGGAAGCAUUCCUCUCAGCGAGGCCCAGGUCCGGCUGCUUGUAGGCCUGUACUAUCUGCCGCACGAACACGGACCACCCGCUCAGAAUCUGCUGCAGGACCUCACGUGGCUCAAAGCCAACUGUCACUGCGUCAGUGUCAAUGGCAACGGCAAGAAGGUCUCGUCACAGAAGGUAGAGGAAUGGCGGGACCGUGCUGGCCGUUUCCUGGCUGCGUGUGAUGAUGUGGCAUUACUGCACAGUGCUGUUGUGAACAGCAUCAAUAGGGCUCUUCUCUACGACCUUUACCCUUACAUCUGGGACCUGAGAAACACCCUGCUGGUAGCCAAGGCUUUCAUCUGUUGGCUAGAGGGUCGUAUACUGCAUGAAGGUUCUCCACUUGGCUCCUGGAAGAACUGCUUCCACUGGUGUGGAGCUUCCUCAGGGGCGGAGCUCCAUGUUGUGGAGGCGGAGCCAUGGGUGUUUAAAGGGGGACUAUCUGGAGAGGUGCAGAUGCUUCUGCCUGUGGGGACCAGCAGUGAGUUGUUCAGUCACCCUCCCCCUCUGUUCCCCACCUCUCGACUUUAUAAUAUACGGCCAUUCCAGCAAAAAGACAAGGUGGAGCUGUACCGAAUGGUGCUUCAGUUGCAUCAGAGGGGUAAAGGGAGCCAGGACGCAGCCAUCUCCCAUCCAGAUUUUAUUGGGGACAGGUGUCUAGGUGCGUCUCUGGCCUUGUGCCCAGAGUACAGCUUGGUUCUGGAGGAUGAACUGGGUGUAUGUGGGUGCGCUGUGGGUAUUCUGGAUGUCUGCUCCUUUGCCAAACGAUGUCAGGCCACCUGGCUACCUGCUAUGAGGGACAAAUAUCCUUCACGCCCCCAUGGAGCAAGUGGACAUACUGCAACAAAGGAGGCGCUGCUGUAUUUCCAUGAAGAACAGGACUAUCCAAACUCCCUGCUGUAUAAUUUCCCAUCUCAGCUCAAGCUUGAGGCUCUUCCUGAACUGGUGGACUGUAGUGUCAGUCGUAGCCUCCUCACAGCCCUGCUAAUGGCCCUCAAAGCUAACGGUUCACAGGGUGUAUUUUGCGAGGUCCAGCCUACAGAUGGAUUACGGAUAGAAUUUCUGACAAAGCUGGGAUUUCUGGAGAUCCUCUGUGGAGAAGCACGGCCUAGAGAGGGCGUAGUUUUGGGGAGGCUGUUAUAAGCAAAAAGCCAAAAUACACAGGAUCCAGUGGGGGAAAAAAUCUGAUUUUAGAUGAACAUGUUGCCAUGUUUGAGGCUGGAGCUGGGGUUAUAGUUAGAAAACAAACUAUGAUGUUGGACAAUAGGACGGGGGCUUCAGUGAAAUGUAGGUAUACUGUAUGUGUUUACACUGAGAGUAGUUGUGGGACUAUCAGAGAUUGUCUGUAGGCACUUUUUGUGAUUAAUUUAUACUUUUAUGACAUUCAGUCACAUUGGACUUGGUGCGAACAGGCCUUGAGGCUUCAUGGUCAAAGCUGAGGUUGUGACAAAACAUUAGGGACAAAAUGACUUAAUAGUGAUCACGUGUUUACAGCAUUUACUCUGUAUUAAUCAGCAUUCAGUUUGCUUUCUCACUGCAUCAUGCAUUUGGAGUUCUUUUACUGAUUCACAUAAACCUUUGGCUGUGCUUUUGGGGACAAUAAAACUUGCUGUUUUUUUAUUGAGAGUGUCUGUGUUGCAGCUACGGAUGGCUGUAGGAGCACAAAGCACAAUGUUUCUCUUUUGUAUUCAGCACACACACACACACACAAACUUCCCCUAGCCAGCCAUGGACAGGCUCACAAAGCAGACUCCUGAAUAUUGUCACGUAAUAGCUCCUCCAUUGUGCUGAAGGGGCCCUGACCUCCACUAGGCCUGUUACAAGAUUAAUGAAUCAUGGUGCAUCUUGCAAGGCUUUUUAUAGCUCUUUCUUUGAAUGAACUCUCUUUUUCUCUCACACAUACUGACAAAUCUACUGAGAGGCUAAAUUACUAUUAGCUCUAGUCUUCACACACACAUACACACUCACUGUAUGCACGUCUGUCCACACAUUCAAUAAUAUGCCUUCUGAUCUUUAACUAAUAGCCUUUUUUAAUCACCAUGGCAAUCAUAAAAGAAACGUAAUAAAUUAAAUCUGCUUUUUUGCACCAUUGAUUUGAUAUCAUUUGAGAUAAUCUCAUUGAUUUGAGAUUAUUUGCUAUAGUUUUUGUACAAUUAUGGUAAAAGACAUUUGAUUUUGCAUGCUAAAUUUACUUUUCAUCAAUUCUAGAGCACUUUCACUAUUUCUGCAGGUUUUAAUGUUGGAAUUGUGAUAUGUACACUGAAAGGUCUCAGCUUAGUAAUAUUUAAUGUUAAAUUGUUUGCAUUUAAUGUUUUUAAAGUUUAUGGUACAGUACAACUGCAGUUUUUGUAAUA